AUGGCUACGGAUACGGCCAUGGAUGAAGACAAUCCGCUGCUCGAGGCGCCGUCAGAGGACCACCAAACACUCGAGCGUACACAAUGCAUCUACAACCCGCUAUACACCUACAGCCUCCCCGCAGCACAGAAACACUACCAACAGCAAUAUGCCGACAUGUACUUUGCACGCCUCGCACAGCUCAAGCCCGCUGUCGAACGGAUCGCAGCGGAAGCCUUCAACGGUGUCGAAAUAGCUGGAGAAAUAUGCAAAAAGGUCGAUCGAGUACUCGAUGUGAGGCAGGGAGAGCUGGUGUGGGUCGCAGGCACCUGCUACAUGGAGCUACCACUGAAGCCCAAUGUGCUGGAUGAUAUCGGGAAAGAGCACUGGAUAUCUGCACCGCCGAAUCGGGACAAGUACGCAACUGUGAACGGACAAGAGAGUUUCAUGCUGGAAGAUGAGAGUGGUAGGCUAAAGCUCACGGGAGCAUCGUUGCAAGGAUGCCUGCUUGUUACGGGUGCCAUCAUUGCUGUCAUGGGCACAGAGAACAGUGACGGAGACUUUGAGGUGCUCGACCUGCGAGUGCCUGAUUUGCCAAGACAGCCAGCAAGAUGGGAAAGAGACGACGGUGCUGUCGUGAAGGAGGGCAAGAAAGUGCAGAAGGACCGACCACUUUCUGGGAAGGUGGCAAUAGUAUCAGGACUCAGCAUAUCGGGUGAUGAGGGCGACACGCUCGCACUGGAUCUGCUGAUGGAGUGGAUGCUUGGCGAAGCGGCAUCACUAACAGAUCAGGAAGGAGCAGCCAACAUUUCCCGGCUCAUCAUCGCCGGGAAUAGCUUAGCCCACGCACAGCCUAUACCAUCGAGAGAGGACGUAAUAUCAGCGAAGAAGAAUGCACAAAAGAAGUACGGUUACGACGCCGCAUCCUACAAUGCUGCACCAACAGACCGCCUCGACACCUUCCUCGCAACGCUCCUGCCAUCAAUACCCAUAACGCUCUUGCCAGGCCCGACGGACCCGACCUCAACGUCCCUUCCACAGCAGCCAAUCCACGCAGCAAUGUUCCCUCACUCUCGCGCUUACAUGGAGAACAUCGCACCUUCCGCCGAAAAUGAGCCCAACUGGUUCGACUCUGUCACCAACCCAGUAGAGUUCGAUAUCGACGGCUGGCGCUUCCUUGGAGCAGGCGGACAGACACUUGAUGAUGUGUACAAGUACGUGCAUGGCGAGGAAAGGCUUGAAAUGAUGGAGAGCAUGCUGCGCUGGCGCUUGACUGCACCUACCGCUCCUGACACGCUGCCGUGCUUUCCCUUCCAAGAUGGCGACCGCUUCGUGCUGAAGGAGUCUCCACACGUCUUUUUUGUUGGAAAUCAGCCCAAGUUUGAGACUAGUGAGAUUGAGGGACCACAUGGAGAGACAGUACGAAUAGUGGCCGUGCCAAGCUUUCGGAAGACAGGACAGGUUAUCGUCAUGGAUCUUGAGAGCCUCACUCCUGAACUGGUCACCAUUGAGGUGUACGACGGAGAUGAAAUGGUAGCAUAG